GUUGAUAUUAGUGAUGUGAUAGAAAUAAACCCUGAAUUAUUAGAAGAGCCUGCUGCUGAUGUGAAAGAGAAUGUUCCUUUGCAAGAGAAUGUAGCUGUACAGAAACAGAAGCGUAGAACAACCCUUUCAAAAAUUCCUGCUCCACGGGAAGCUGUGCGUGGCCGCUCCAGGAUGUCUGCUCUCCCAGAAUCACAGUGCGGCCACGAGGAAGAUGAGAUGGGGGUAGAUCCAAGCACUUCUGUGCAAUCCAAAAAAUUAUCCUCAGUUCCUGUUCGGAGAAGAUCUAAUAUUGUGAAAGAGAUGGAGAAAAUGAAAAGCAAGAGAGAAGAAAAGAGAGCUCAAAUGAGUGAAAUCAGGCUAAAACGAGCACAGGAGUCUGACAGCUGUCCAAACUGGGAGUUUGCACGUAUGAUCAAGGAAUUCAGAGCAACUUUAGACUUCCAUCCAAUAUCUAUAAAUGAUCCCAUAGAAGAACAUAGGAUUUGUGUCUGUGUGAGGAAACGCCCUCUCAACAAACAGGAACUUCUGAAAAAGGAAUGUGAUGUGGUUACUGUUCCGAGCAAAUGUGUCCUGAUGGUGCAUGAGCCAAAGCAGAAAGUGGACCUAACAAAAUACCUUGACACCCAGUCAUUUAGAUUUGACUUUUCAUUUGAUGAAGCCUCUUCUAAUGAAAUGGUGUACAGAUUCACUGCUAGACCUCUUGUAGAGACCAUCUUUGAGGGUGGCAAGGCGACAUGCUUUGCGUAUGGCCAGACAGGCAGUGGCAAGACACAUACUAUGGGUGGAGACUUCUCUGGGAAAGCACAGAAUGCUUCGAAGGGCAUAUAUGCUUUUGCCUCACAAGAUGUCUUCCUCCUCCUAAACCAGCCCAGGUACAGGAGUCAGAAACUGGAAGUCUAUGUGACCUUCUUUGAAAUAUACAAUGGAAAGGUAUUUGACCUCUUGAAUAAGAAGGCCAAGCUUCGAGUCCUGGAGGAUGGCAAGCAGCAGGUCCAGGUUGUUGGUCUCCAAGAAAGACAAGUUGGCUGUCCUGAAGAUGUCAUCAGAAUGAUUGAGAUGGGCAGUGCCUGCAGGACGUCUGGGCAGACAUUUGCAAAUGCCAGCUCUUCGCGGUCACACGCCUGCUUCCAGAUCAUCCUGCGCCGAGGAGGACAGACGAUUGGCACGUUUUCCUUGGUGGAUUUGGCAGGAAAUGAGAGGGGUGCAGAUACAUCUAAUGCUGAUCAGCAGACACGAAUGGAAGGUGCAGAAAUCAAUAAAAGCUUACUGGCUUUGAAGGAGUGCAUCCGAGCUCUAGGGCAGAACAAGUCUCAUACCCCUUUUCGGGAGAGCAAACUGACCCAGGUGCUAAGAGACUCUUUCAUAGGAACAAACUCAAGGACCUGCAUGAUAGCAAUGAUUUCUCCAGGCAUGAGUUCGUGUGAGUACACCUUAAACACACUGAGAUAUGCUGACAGGGUGAAAGAGCUCAGCUCUCAUAAUGGAGGCAGUGAUAUGCAGAAUCAGAUGGAGACUGAGGAAACAGAGACCUGUACAGGAGGCUCAGGUCUUCAACACAAUUUCUUCAAGGAUGAGGAGGAAGACUACUCUCCCCACAUGCGCAGCUUUCGUGAAGCUAUGACUCAAAUUAGUGAACAUGAGGAAAAGGUUGUAGAACAGCUUAGAGAACUGAGACAGGAAAUGACAACUGAACUUGACUUCCUCUUGGGAAUCACAGAGAAACCAGACUAUAAUCUCAAGACUUUUGUGAGCAGAGCUAAGUACUUCGUAGAGGACAGCUCAAGAAAUUUGCUCAGUGUCGGAGAAACGCUGGAUGCCCUGGGGGCUGCCAUGGAACUGGAGGAACAAGCCAGCAAGCAGAUGAGCCGGCGGAAGCCUUAG